CUGUUUCACGUUGCUAAAAUUCUGCGCAGGCUGUGGUGUCCACGAUCCCGGACAGAGUGAUGCAAACAAGCCCACUGGAAAACAGAGGAAUGUCUGUGUGGCUCCCUUUCGAGUGAAAAAAGGGGGAGAAAACCCGUUCUGCCUCUCUUCGUCCAGGAUGUGGAGACUUGAUACAGACGCAGUCCACUCCGGUCGACUGUAAACACGGCUGUUUUAUGGACGGAGGGACGAGGCAGCGGCCGGGGAGUCCGGGGCAUCAGCUGAGCGGGGCACAGCAGCCGCUAGCCGGCUAGCCUCCGUGACAGACACCGUGACAACAGACAACAGCUCACUGUUUCAUCAUGGCCACGAACGGCAGCAAUCUCACGCCCGGGAUGGGGGAGAUCAUCCAGCUGAACGUCGGAGGGACGAGGUUCAGCACCUCCAGACACACUCUCAUGUGGAUCCCAGACUCUUUCUUCUCAAGUUUACUGAGUGGAAGGAUAUCCACUCUUCGGGAUGAAACUGGAGCCAUAUUUAUUGACAGAGAUCCAACUGCUUUUGCACCUAUUCUGAACUUUCUUCGAACUAAAGAACUGGACUUGCGGGGCGUCAACAUCAGCGUCCUGCGGCAUGAAGCAGAGUUCUACGGGAUUACUCCUCUAGUCCGGCGUCUGUUGCUGUGUGAGGAGCUGGAUCGCUCGUCCUGUGGCAGUGUUCUCUUCCACGGUUACCUGCCGCCCCCAGCCGUCCCCGGCAGGAAGUCGGGCCCGUCCUCCGGCGCGUCGGGAUCAGCCUGCGACGAGCGGCUGGCUCUCGGUGGAGCGGAGGGCUUCGCCCGUGUGGGUCCCCUCCCUCACCCCUCCUUGUCUGCACCACCUGGAACUGAUGACCACAAACUGGGUCCCGUGGUUGACCCCAGGAAAGUGUUGAUUAUAGCGGGACACCACAACUGGAUUGUAGCAGCUUAUGCACACUUUGUCAUCUGCUACAGGAUUAAGGAAUCAUCCGGAUGGCAGCAGGUCUUCUCCUCGCCGUAUCUCGACUGGACCAUCGAGCGUAUUGCACUUAAUGCCAAAGUGGUCGGCGGCCCUCAUGGAGACAAGGACAAGAUGGUGGCUGCUGCCUCUGAAAGUCGCAUCAUCCUCUGGAGCAUCCAAGACGGAGGCAGCGGGAAUGAGAUAGGUGUGUUCAGUCUCGGGGUGCCUGUGGACGAUCUUUUCUUCAUCGGGAACCAGUUGGUGGCGACGAGCCACACGGGAAAGGUCGGAGUGUGGAACGCCGUCACGCAGCACUGGCAGGUUCAAGAUGUGGUUCCUAUAACCAGCUGUGACACAGCAGGAUCCUUCCUUCUACUGGGCUGCAACAACGGCUCCAUCUACUACAUCGACAUGCAGAAGUUUCCCCUGAGGAUGAAAGACAAUGAUCUCCUGGUCACUGAGCUUUAUCACGACCCUUCAAAUGACGCCAUCACUGCGCUGUCGGUCUACCUCACUCCUAAAACCAGUGUGAGUGGGAACUGGAUCGAGAUCGCCUACGGGACUAGCAGUGGCGCAGUGAGAGUGAUCGUGCAGCACCCGGAGACGGUGGGAUCGGGCCCCCAGCUCUUCCAGACCUUCACAGUCCACAGGAGCCCCGUGACAAAGAUCAUGCUCUCCGAGAAGCACCUGGUGUCCGUGUGCGCGGACAACAACCACGUCCGGACGUGGACGGUGACGCGGUUCAGAGGGAUGAUCUCCACACAGCCGGGCUCCACCCCUCUGGCGUCCUUCAAGAUACUGUCGCUGGAGGAGACGGAGAGCCACGGGAGCUACUGCUCUGGGAACGAUAUUGGUCCAUUUGGAGAGAGAGAUGAUCAGCAGGUCUUCAUCCAGAAGGUCAUUCCCAUCACCAACAAACUCUUUGUGAGGCUCUCGUCGACCGGAAAAAGGAUCUGUGAGGUGCAGUCAGUGGACGGGACCACCAUCUCUUGCUUCAUGGUCCGGGAGUGCGAGGGGUCCAGUCGGAUGGGAUCGCGGCCUCGGCGUUACCUGUUCACCGGUCACGGGAACGGCAGCAUCCAGAUGUGGGACCUGACCACGGCAAUGGACACGGCCAACAAGGGAGAGGAGAAGAAGAAAGAGGAUGUUGGCGGGCCAACAGAGGAGGAGCUGCUGCAGCUGCUGGAUCAGUGCGACCUGAGCACGUCACGCUGUGCAACACCAAAUAUUAGUCCCGCCCCCUCCGUGCUGCACCACACACGCCUCAGAGAGUCCUGCUCCAGUCUGCAGUUACAGGCUCAGGAGCCCAUUCCGGAGUGCCAGGCCACAUACGCGGCUGUGCGGCCCUACAGAGAGAGCCCCCUGCUGGCCCGGGCCCGUCGGACCGAGUCCUUCCACAGCUACCGAGAUUUCCAGAACUUCAGCCUAAGUCGAGGUGCCCUGGACAGCACAGACCAGACGCCGGGUCACGACCCCGGCCAGACCUCUGAUGCCCGCCGCUCGCUCUGCGACUUCGGUUCGGAGGACAGUGAGAGGAGAGCGUCGGCCAUGGACCUGUGGGCCUCCCGGACCACCAGCGCAAGCUCCAGCACCGUUAUUGGAUCCAUUUUCUCUGCUGGCGCGAAAGCCGAAGGAAGCCAGGACUCUCCGCGACAGCUUCCAGACAGCCCGGUCCCCGGCGGAGACGUCCGGCGAAAGCUGCAGCCUCAGCUGGAGGACGGAGAGGGUGCGGGGUCGGGGGGAGACGGGGCCAAGGCAGACGGAGGUGCGAGGAAGAGGGGCGUGCUAGAAGGAGGCUUUCUGAGCAGGAAGAGGGCACCCCCCGUCCCACACCUCUCGUCCCUCCCCUCUGGAUCCGACGGCGGCAGCGACUCGUCCUCGAACGCCUCGCCGUCUCCAACCAAGCUGGCAUCGUCCACCUCGCCACGGCACAGGAAGCUGACCUCUGAACCGUCCAGUCAGGACAGCAGCCUCUGAGAGCAGCUCGGAAUUAUCUCAUGGAGGCGUCUAGUCCAUCAUAGCUGUUAUUUUGGAGAUGAGAAAAACACUAAAUCGACUGCAGGCACCAUCUCAAACCCACAAAUCCUAAAGAGUACAACACAGACAGGCAGUCACAGCGCGGCAUCUCAACCACAGCAGCUCUUCUCAAGACGUGACACUGAUCCUCCGGAUGGAACUGGAGCUCUUCUGUCUGCGCAGCCAUCUUAACUGGCGCUGGCAUGAGGAAGUUUUCUUUUUUUUAAUUUCAAAUGGUUCUUCUUAGUCCUGAUCAACAGGACAAAGGUUCUCAGCCGCUGUGUGUGGUCGUGUUGACGAUACAUCUAAAGAAACACACGGGAUCGUGGCAGAAGUGUGUUUGAGCAGGUACUGCUGGGCCUGUCAGGCUAAAGCACAGGAAAAAAAAAACUACAGUACGGUCAUUAGAUCCUAAUAUCAGCGACAAACUGGAUAUUUGACUCGUGAGACCAGUAAUCGGCUCCAAAACAGCAUCCCAUAUGCACGACCUUGUCCUUUAACUAGACAAGUCUUUAUGUGGACUCGCAGUCUGAUUCUGUUGUGACAAAAACACACAUUUUAAUGAAAUGCAUUUUUUCCAGCUUACAGUUACUUUUCCUGACCAAAUGAGUGCAUAUCUAAAUAUGUGUUUUAUACUAGAAACUAUAACUACAUAUCACCCUAAACCAAAACGUCUGACCUAAAGCUGUAUCAUCAGUCCUAUGAACUAAUGGCUGGAGUGAAGUUUCAUUAAAAAAAAAAACACAACAAACUGAAACAAAUAUAGAAUAUUUAACAUUUAUAAAUAACAUCGUCUUUUGUUUCAGGCUAAAUAAAACAGUCUAAGUCACUUAUAUUACCAGAGGUGGCUGAUACAAAUGGAAUUUUCCUAAAAAAAAUAAAAUAAACAAAAGUUUUCAUGCCAUUAGUUCACGAAUGUGUUGAUGUCUAAAAAAAACAUUAUUUUAUGACUACUGGACGAGAUCGGAAAUGGGAAAACGGCGUCACGUGAGAUCGGAAAUACAAUGAAACAUUUAGAUCCAGUGAUCGUCUCGUCCAUCUUGACUGACAGCUGUUCAGAAGACUCUUUGCGUUAACCUCCUCAAUCAAUCUCAUGGCAGUCCAGAUAAGCCACAAUAACCCUACUGGUUGAUCUGCAGCUGAGACAUAGUGAGUUUUUGCUUGCUGUCUGUUCAUUUUGACUGAUUUCACAAUGCAGAUUCUAAAAAGUCCCCCAAAUCUCAGUACAGUUUUACUUUGUGAGAUGAGUAGAGCUGGUUGCCGUGACGGUCUGUUGAUGAUGGUCUCAUGGGUUCCUGUCAAAAUGUGCAAGUUGUCCUGUAGUGGAUUUUAGCUCACCUAAAACAUGUUACCUUUGUCAGACUCUUGGAAGCUACUUGAACCCUGAAAUCUCUUGCUGCAGCCGCAGACACGGCAGUUAUUGUUGCGAGAGAUUCAGUCUUUGGCGGCCCCAGCGUGAAAUCAACCAUCUGUUUAACAACGGAGUGAAGCUGCACAACAGAAAGUUAACGGUCUGGUUUGGUGACAUGUUCAGCAUGCAUGGUGACCUGCAGAAACGAGCAACCUUCACGCAAGUGUGUGCCUGAUUUUCAUUUUCGCUGGAAGUUCCAGUGUAACUGCAGAAACUCCAGUUUGAAGAGCUGGCUGGCCCUCAGCUGAGGCCCACAAAAAGACACUAUGGCAUGAAUACGUGUGCAAUACAAUAAUAUUUUGAAGGUUUUGAAGGAUGGGAAGGGUUGUACACCACAAAGUUUAAAAAGUGAAACCACAAGGUUUUCCCCCACUGACAGUGAGUGGUUCCUUCAUUAUUUGGUGCAUACUGUAUUUCUGGAAAAGUUGUCAUUCUCCAUGAGUUAAGAAAAAUGCUCCUGCUUAAAUUCAGCCUUGUUUUACAUUGGUGCCUGUGCAAAAUCAUGCUAGUAAUUUAUUUUCUUAUAGUUUUCUAGUUUUCUUUAGGGGUGGGGGGGAUUACCGUAACGCUACACUCACCUUAAUCUGAGGACCUACACUUCAUCACUUUACUUCCCUUGAAACUGGUGGAUUUGCGUUGUCUUGUGUUGAGAGACUGCUGCAGUGCCUUAUAUUACCGUUCUGACUGAGGAGGACUGUGACCAAAGGCUUGUGACGAUGGAGGCGCGAGGUGAAGCUGUCCACGCUGGCUUCGGAUGAAAUCCUGACAGGACAGGGGACGAGUCAGACCCUAUGAGCGGCAUUCUGUCUGAAAUGACACAAAAUAACCUCUACGUACAAUAUAUUAGGACAGAGAGCAGGGAACACGUGAUUCUGUAGCUUUUUUUUGUACUUUGAAGUGAACCAACUCCUGACCUAUGACGACUACACACCAGCCUGCGAAGGCCUAAAAUAACAAACUGAAUUACUUCUGAACUAAACUGGCUUCAAAUCUUUUGGAUCCCUUGUAAAAUGUUGGUUUGCUUAAUGAUCCCUGGUACUUUUGCGGGAUCACCAUGAAAGCGAGGCAGGGGCAGAGUGUCGGUACUUAUCAUUUGCCAAAUUCAGCACUGAUGUAACGUCAUUUAUUGGUGAUCAUGUGUUCCUUACUUGUACAAAACUGUAGAUUUUGAUACACUGACUAUAUGGAAAAACAGACAUAUAAUCAAAACAAAAUCCUACUCUGGAUGCAUUGGUGUGUGUGACGUGUGUUGAUACGUACACUCUUUGUAUAAGGCCUGUACUGCUAUUAUCCUGCUAUUGGACCUUACUGCAUUUGCACUUGCACUACGAGGACUAAUAGUACAAUAGCUUACUAGUAUUUAUUUUAUAUAGCUGUAUUAAAAAAAAAAGAAACAUUUAAAAGUAUAUAUUUUAGCACCUAGUUGUUUGUCUGCAGUUUUUCGGUGGUCCCGCUGUUAUUGUCUGGCUACGUUUACAUUAUAUCACAGCCAGAUGCUAACCAGCUAAAAGAAAAUGCAUAUCUGUUUAUUUAAAGUGACCCGGGCAUCAUUGUUUUGUAUUGUGCGUGCUAGAAAUGCUGCAUUAAGUUGUUAUAUUAUUUUACAGUUGCCUUUCGUACUUCUCAAAUAUAAAGUUGAUUCUGAGUCACAGUGUUUGAGCAAUUUGAACUGUUUGCUAAAAUCUCCCACAGUACUGAACAUCUCUUUCCAACUAAUGUUUUUUUUUUUUUUUUAAUCAUCACUUUUCACAUGUUCAAAUAAUUUAUCUCUGAAAGGAACAAACAUUCAGCUAUUUAGAUUUACUUUUUCAUAUGAAUGUCUUAUUUUUUUUAAAUGCAUACACAUGUAUCCACUGUAUGAAGUAGAACGACUAUACAUUGUUCUGUGAGCACUAACUUUAUUUCGGCUGUCUGUACACAACAUGUCACGGCAUUAAAAGAACUAAAAUAAUGGAUCAAUCUCUCAAUGCGCUGUGUCUUGGAGAACUCCAACACUGAUUUUAAAGAGUCUUUUCAUAUAAGUUUUUUUUUUAGGGCCCAGACAGCUGAAUAUUCUACAGCGUGGAGCUGACGUCUGAUGGUGAUCUGCUUUAAGCGCACUACAGACAAUGAGGCUGACGUCAAAUUACAUGCACUCCAUGUAAAACAUCUUCAGGCCGUGGUGCGAACGCUGGCCAAUCACAGUGCCGAGGCCGAAGAGGGAGAAACCUCGAGGGACAGAAACACAAAUGUUUCACACGAGAUGAACUGAGAGGCGGCAUAAUGAGCCAGCUCGACAUGAUCUCAAAACUGUUGAGCAAUAAAAGAUGUGUGAAUUACAAAAAAAAAAAACUGAAGAGAGUGAGGAUAAUAGGUCCCC